ACCUGACUCUGAUCAACAAGUGGCAAGUGAAAAGUCCUGCGAUUCUGUGCAAAGUGUUCGGUGGUUCUAAAAAGUUGGCCAAAAGUUACCAAAACUGUUCGUUGCGAGACCAAAUUAUAACUGACGUCGGACAAUUUGCGUGCAGAUUGAAAAAUAAAUUCUAUUGCAAAAUGUGGUACAGCAAGUGCAGUUGGACUUUGGUGGUGCUGGUGGCGCUCUUUGCUCUUGUGUCAGGUUCCUGCCUGGAAUACGGACAUUCUUGUUGGGGAGCUCAUGGCAAGCGAUCUGGAGGCAAGGCGGUAAUAGAUGCUAAACAGCAUCCUGUGCCCAAUUCAUAUGCGAUCGAUAGCCUGGCCGAGCAACUGUAUAACAACAACAACAACAACCAGAACAACCCGGAUGGCAACAACAACGAUGACGACAGCAACAGCAUUACGAAUACGAAUAGUGGUAGCAACUUACCCCUCGCCGUUCCAGCCCUUUCAGCACGUCGAGAAUCCGAGGAUCGCAACCGGAAUGGCCUAAAGUGGACGCAGCUGAUGCGGCAGCAUCGCUACCAACUGCGGCAGUUGCAGGACCAGCAGCAGCAGGGGCGUGGCAGGGGCGGGCAGUAUGAUGCCGCCGCCGAAAGUUGGCGAAAGCUGCAGCAGGCUCUUCAGUCUCAAUUGGAUGCCGAAAACUCAGAGAAUUCAGCCUACGAUCUCACAAAGUGAAUGUUUCCAAUUAAAUUGCCAAAUUGAAAUUAUGCAGAUAACACGGUAGCUAAGCGAGGGGAAGAAAAAGAACACCCACAUAGAGAAGAGCGAAAUGGAAAGAUAUUUAUCACACGCGAGCCAUUGCAUGUCGGGCAUCAAUUAAAAUAAAACUAAAAUUCCAAAUUAAAAUUUAAAAACAAUUAAGCAAGACAGAAGAGUUCGAAAAGCAGGCACUAAAAAUGUAGAAUUCGUUGUGGUGUUUUUUAUUAUUAUUAUUAGAUUUACUGAGCAGAUCAGUGGAAUCCUUGGGCCAUUUUGCGUCACUGGCUGGAUGCCGCAAUAAUGGCCGGCUUCGUUUUCGUUUCCGUUCACUUAACCGUACUUAAUCCCUAACUAAGCAUAUGCAGAUACGAUCUUAAGAUUUACCACUAAUAAAAGCUAGCAUUGAGUGCA